AAGCGCACCGGAAGUGACGUCACCCGCAGCAGCUACCUGUUCAAUAGCGUCCGGAAUCCGUGCGGGAGCGUCUUGCACUCGCCGCUGGCACGAGUCGAACAUGUGAGUUCCGUUCGCGCAUGUGCGUUGCGCCCGGUUCGGUACCGUGUCCCGGCGGAAAUGUGCACUAAAGGAGCGUAAAGUCGGGCGCGCGCGUCGCGAGGAGGUUGUAACCAGCAGCUAAGCGUGCGCGAUGGACCCGCGACGGAAGAAGAAGCUGACGUACGGCACCAUCGGGCUCAUCUUUCUCCUCAGCGGCGUGGAAUACGCUGUGAUACUACCCACCAUAUGGAGGUACUUGCAGACUUUGGAUGCACAGCCGUACUUUCUGGGCUUGUCUCUGUCUGCGUUCAGUUUGACUGGCCUCUUGUCAGGACCGCUGUUUGGCCACUGGUCCGACAGAACGCGAACCACCAAGAAAAUCAUUUUGUUUGCUAAUAUUUUUGAGAUAGCUGGUAACUUCAUGUACUUCAUGGGCUUCUCCAAGUGGCUCUUACUGUCAAGCAGAUUAGUAGCAGGCAUCGGAACAGGUGCUGGCUCGUCGAUCUUCGGCUUCCUGACCAGAAGCACUGCACCGGAGGACCGCGCCACCGUGUUUGCUGCCGUCAUGGCGUGUCGACAGGCUGGCCUUCUGAUUGGUCCGGCGUGUAACAUCUUCCUUAGGCUUUGUAAUUUCCACCUUGGACCGUUUGUGGUCAAUAAGUACACUGCUCCCGGGCUGUUCAUGUGCUUGAUGUGGAUCCUCCUUCAACUGGCGGUGGCGUUCAUGUACUGGGACCUACCACAGCUGGAGAGGAUGAAGACACGGGGCUGCUCCACAAACACCAGCAGGGAGGAGGAGGAGGACGAGCACGGCCCUGGGGAAGAUGAUGAGGAAAAGCCCUUAAUGGUGUCCCAGGAACUGGUGGGGUCGUACGGUGCAGUGGUGAUGCCCAAUCCCCAGAGAAACCACAGCGGCGCGUCGAAUCACACGCCCCCACUCCCUGCUCCACCACCACCACCACCACCAGAGACUCAAGGGUCUCCGUUUAGGAAUUUCAGUAUAUACAAAGAGUUCCUGAGAGAAGAGGUGGUUGUGCUGCUGGCUGCUCAGUUCAUCACGCUCUUCAAUCAGACGGCGCUGGAGACUAUGGUGACUCCGUUGACACAGAAGUACUUUGGCUACGGAGAGCUGGAGAACAGUGUGAUGUACUGCCUCUGUGGCGUGGAGGUGAUUGGUGGCUUCCUGUUUGUGCGCUGGCUGAGUCGGCGCGCUUCUGAGCGUGUGGUCCUGGCCAUUGGUUUGGCCAUCUGCAUCAUCUCAGGCGUCUGGUGCCUUGUUUUUUUGGCUAAGCCACUAGGUGACUUUCCAUGGCAGCUGACAGAGUUCAUCAUUGGGGUGUUUCUGCAGGUUUUGGGUUUGCCUUUUGUAGCCGUGGCCCAGGUUUCCCUCUUCUCCAAAAUUACUGCUGAGAAAACACAAGGUUUUAGUCAGGGUGUGCGUCGCUCAGUGGGGGGUCUAGCCACCAUCCUGGGGCCUGUUUGGGCUGGAGGCCUCACUGAGAACAUAUACAUCAUGUUGGGGGUGAUGAUGGCUCUGCUGGCGCUGUUAACGGUCAUGCUGGCUUUUUCCUAUGGCCGUCUGGUUGAGCCUGCUGCUGAAGAACAAGGAGACAGCCAAGAAAGCUCUGAUUAAUCCAGCAAGAAAAGUGGAUUAUCAGGUAGCAUUUAUUAUUUCUGUCAGUGAUAACUAGAAGCUCACAAAUGUCUUGGGAUUGGGCACGUGGGCCACCAUGUCAGUAGCAGUUGUCAUUCUGCUGUUCUGCGUGUUAUCAAAGGGUCCCUGUCCUACAUUUAACAUGACGCCAAGUGCUCCCCUAAAGGUUAGACUUUUCUGCUUUUGUGAGCUGAGAUGGAUCCAAGCACUGGUUUGAUUUAUAUAUGUAUAUAUUUCCUAUGGAAAUUCAGAAUCCUGAUUGUGCCACAUGUGCAAGCGUUGGAUGAAAAAUCUUUCCAUCUUUGUGAUUCCCCUCACUUCCACUUCGUGCUUCUCCCAAUCUCCCUGCGUCUCACCAUAUGCAACAUAACUGUUAAAUCAAUGGACAUGCUGAGCGGCUGUGCCUUUACCUGACCCUCUUCUUGUGCUAUAAUUGAAGGGGUUGGCACUUCAGCUUUAAUGAUGUUAUUCCUCCUCUUUGCAAAAACAUGCAUUUAAAUAAAAACAAAUAGAAGCUUAUCCUAUUGAACUGAGAACAUGCUUUUUAAUGUGUAGAAACCAAAUUAGCACAUAGCAUGUGGUCAAAACAUCUAGUUUCACAUACCGUAAGCCUAAUAUAAUGAUUUCUUAUUUAUCUUUGCAAUGUAACACUAAUAGAAAUUAUUAACUGCAACUGUUCUCAGGGAAAAAGUAAUCCUAUUUUAUUCUGUCCCUGUCAGUGAGGAAACCGUCAUGUGGAGAUAUUGUGUUGGAAUCAUUAAGCUGAAAAUGAAUGAGAGAAAUUUAGGAUUUUCCUUGUCUGAACUGGAAGUUGGCAAACUAUUAAAAGGCAGUAUUUUAAACAAUCCGUUGGCUGGUUUGAUUAAAGGCAUUAAGCCUUAGUUACUGAUGUCAUAUACAGUCCUUACACCAGGGGGCGCUCUUGCACUUCAUUCAAUCAAAUGGUUUCCUAAAUGGACAAAUAUUUAGUGGGUGAACUCCACUAACCUGAGAACUCUGAUGUGCAUAAAACUGCUAGUAAAACGCAGUAAAAAGUAGUAAAACUGCUUUGUUAUCAGGUUUGUUUUAAAAGAACAACAAAAGCUUUAGAUUUUUUUUGUGCUGCUUCAUAACAAAUCUUUGUUUGAACCAGAACAAUUAAAUUAUUGUGCACUAUUUGUUAUUUAUAUUCAUUUGUAUUUAACAUGUUCAUUAACUCUUUUUUUUCUUUGUGCGCAUACUAAAAGGAACGUUCACUAUGCUUUAUAGGCUUGUGUUUUGUUAUUCUCCUGGGAAGCAGCGAGUAGCUGCACACAGUGGUUAUCAGAGCAGAACAAAACUACUGCUCAUGGAAAAAUGUGAGAAAAUAUGAUCCAGUAAUUGUAUUUAUUGCAAUAAAAUACUGCUGUUGAAAA